AUGAAGACUUCACCGUCAAUUCGGCGAGUCGCCCUCGUUGUAGCUGCAGUCAUGGUCGGCUUUCUACUCAUCCUUUAUACAGCAGAAGCAUUGAUUGAGCCCAACCGAAUAUGGGGAGAGAAGUGUUCCAAGUCUGACAUAGUGGUGAGCCAGGGGCCCACGGCUCCUCUGCCAAAUGGGAUCCCAACCUACACGGUGGAGGUCAUGAACGUGUGCGUGACAGGGUGCAACAUCUCCGGCAUCCACCUGAACUGCGGCUGGUUCAGUUCGGCUCGCUUGAUCAACCCCCAUGUAUUCAAGCGCCUCCGUUAUAACGACUGCCUCGUCAACGACGGCAAGCCCCUUGCGAACGGCGCCACCCUAUCAUUCCAGUAUGCUAACACCUUCCUUUACCCACUCGCGGUCUCAUCCAUCGUCUGCUGAAGUCGGUGAUAUCGAUUAAUAAGAGACAGGACUCUGCAAGAGGACAAACGAUAAUAUAAAGCGAAAGCACGGACUAGGUGUGUGGAUUUUUUGCUUUUGCUUUAUAAUUUUGUUUGUUUCCCUUUUCUUUCUUUUCUAUUUUCUGUGGAUAGGGGGUUUCUUUCAUUAAUGUUGUAUAGCGAGUCUCACAAGAUUUUUUUGGUAUUAACGGAGUUUUUGUUUUGUUAUGUUAUGUUGUCUCUCUUCCGCCAUUAACGAGGGACUGAGAGAGAUGUGCAAAUUUGCUGCACAUUAGAAUUUA